AUGGGGUCAGACUACCCUGAUGAUGGGCAUAUCUUUGUAUGCGUGCGUGUUCGUGAUGUCGCCACGGUACCAGGCAUGGCAGUUAAUAACACCGCCCCACGGCGCUUGAUGCGGGAAAACAUCAAAGAUGCCCAGCGUAUUUGUGUCUCCACGCUUGAGAAUGUGGUGGUGAUGCAUGACCCAAGGUCCAUUGAUGACGCGUCGUGCGUGGCACGGGAUGCGGAUAGUGUGGUGCAGCUUCUCACCUCCCGCUCCUCAGGGGGGAAGUAUAAGAACCUUGCGAGGAAACUCCUGACAUCGACGGCAACAGCAAGCUACUUUGAAUACGACAAGUGUCUCAAUUCCAUGGAUGCAGACUCCAUGCUGCAGAUGCCAUUGAUUCGUGACAGUGACUUUAUUCGUCCUCCUGAGUAUGGCACACAGGAGGACGUGUAUCUCUCUACAGCGGUGCAUGCCGUGAGCGCCGCAGUUGAUGGCAUCAACUCAUGCGUUUUUGCAUACGGACAGACAGGGAGUGGCAAGACGUUUACAUUGUUUGGCGACACGACAUGUAGUCGCCGUGACCCUGGCGUGGUGCCACGCACAAUUGACGAUCUCUUUCAGCGUCUAGAAGGCCUUCGACGUGGGUACCAGAGCAACACCGAGACCGAGUACUCGUACCGUGUUUUACUUUCCUUCUUUGAGAUUUACCAGAAUGAGGUGUACUGUCUUCUUUCACGCAAGGGUCCACUACAUGUCAACUUUGUGCGCGACGUUCUUCGAAAAGAAGAGACCAUGACCAUUCACAAUCUUCAGCAGCAAGCGGUGACGUCGGCGGAGAAGGCAUACCCGCUUUUGGAGUUGGGACUGCGCCGUCGACAGACCGGGGAGACGGGUAUGAAUGCGCGCAGUAGUCGCAGCCACGCCGUGGUUCAGUUCCGCGUCACACAAUGGCGCACCAAUCGCAUUACGAAGGAGUCUGUGGAGUUGAAUGCAACGAUCAAUCUUGUGGAUCUUGCCGGGAGUGAGCGACAGAAGACAGCCAAGACGGACGGAAAGAGUCGUGACGAGGGCAUCCAAAUCAACCAGUCUCUUGCUACGCUGGCACGUGUCAUAAAUGACAUUUCACGCGGGGCAAAAUACGUGAACUACCGUGAUUCAUUGCUGACGAUGGUGUUGAAGGACAACUUGGGUGGCAACAGCAAAACGUUUAUGAUUGCCACGAUUGCCCCUGUCUCGUUUUGUUAUCAAGAGUCAUGCGCCACACUUCAGUACGCGAAGGAUGUUCGUAAGAUUCGUAACCGUCCUACAGUAAAUAGGACGUUUCAAACGCGUUCCAAUUUACUGGAAUUAAAUGCACGGCUCAAGGAAGAAAAUGAGCAGCUGAAGCGUCAUGUAGAAUUUCUCACGAACAAAUGUAACGCGGACAUGUAUGACGCAGAAUCCAAUGCUGAGGAUGUUAUUCUUACGCUGGAGAAGGCAACUGGCAUGGCGAAGGGAUGCGGUGCUGUUUCAAUGAGGCAAGGAAAAGUCACCGCGAUGGAAGCAGUCAUUGCCGCCCCUGCCGUGGGAGCUUCACCUUUGGUUAUCACGGCGCACCGAAAGUACGCCAGCGUCGGUGGAAUUGGUGGCUCGUGCCUGCAGGGUGGCUGUGUCGGGGUCACAUCGCUCACGAAGGAGAUUGUACAAUUCCACAUUGCGGAAAUGUUGGGCCGUGCGCAAAAGUCAGACGCUCAGCCGCGGGAGGGAGAUCAUGAGUUAAGUAACAAAGUAGACUAUGGCAUCAUUGAAUUUGAACUUGUUUUGCAGCGGUCAUGUGAGCAGCGGUACUGGAUGCGACACAUUCCAUCCGAUGACGCCGAUGCAGGUAUAAGCGAUGCGGUAGAGUGUCAUGUCAACGGAUUCAGAUUGAAGAGUGGGGAACGUCGACAGCUGCAGCACGGGGAUGUCGUGAGCGUCUUUUUUGACGGUUUGGACGAUGGCUCCGAGCAGGAUUUGUUAACAUUCCAUUAUGUGGACAUCAACUCUCUCUCGCGCGGUGGCAAUUCUGGUGCUGGCGUCACAACAGGUGAUCUGUCGGUGACAUUUCCACUUUCUGAGGUUCAAUCGCAGGAGAAUGUGGACGUGGGGCAGCUGCUGCGCGAAAGGGCCAAAUUACUUGAAAUGUUACGAGAACAGUCCAGGACGAUCGAAUACCAAUGCCAACGUGAAGCAGAGUCACGGUCACGGAUGGCGUCAAUGGCAAACGCUCAACAUCGUGAGAAGGACGUCUCACCAUCGCCAAGACCUGUCACGCCAUUUGGUUUUAGAGAGAUGAAUGGACCUGCAGUAACGCCUCAGCAGGCAAGUGCAGCAGCCCGUGCCUUUUACCGUUCUUCGGUUUCACCUUUUGUUCGGUAUGAACAUAGCGUUGACUCCCAGCGAUUUGAAGACUGCGUGCAGGAGAACCAAAUGUUGUACAAGGGCGUGAUGGAACGCAACGCCACCCUUGAGGAGCUCGCACGCCGCCUGGCAGAAUUAGAGAAUGGUAAUGCUUCCCCAAAACGCAGUUCCCCAGCUUUGGCAUCCAUCAGAAGUGGCACUCUUAAGAAUGCAUCACCCACGUCGAAGAGGCUGGUCUCACAUGAAGUGAGUGAGAGCGAAAGUGACGAUAAAGUUAGUCCAAGUGUGUCACCCGUCGCCGCAAUGUCGGAGACACAUAAGGACAUUAAUGCCGUCAUGAACCACGAUGGUGCAAUCAACGAGGAGGGACAGGCGGCACUCAAAGAAGAAAAUGCACUCACCGCGGAUGAAAUUCUGCUAAAGCAUCGCAAAGAUCCCGGGUUGGAGGAGUUUAGCGGGGUACAUGUAUACUUGUCAACGUCAGAGGGAGUGCGGGAGCGAUAUUACGCGGCAAAACGUGAGCGUGUGCUCUGCGAGCGUAUCUGGUCACUGGAAGAGGUUUUGGAGGACUUGCGUGGGGAGUUGAACCUUGUUGAGAGCGAGUUGCGUAUUGCAAAGGACGCGAACACGGAGCAUGAACUUCGCCAGGCGCAGAUGGAGGAUGAAAUGAAGGAGGUGUCGAAGGCCUUGCUCGAUGCCACGGAGGAGAACGCCACGUUGUUGCGUGAAAUGAAUUCCCUUGAAACUUUCCUUAAUCGUACCGAAGAGGCAUUGGCAGAGGCAACCGCCGUUAAUGAGGCAGAAAUUGAAAAACGUUUUACACACAUGGCGGAAGAGAUCCGUGCGCUAAAAUUACUUGCUCGCAUGUGGAAACGACGCGCCAUGCAACGUAUUGCGCUUGAUUUCAGUGACGACAAAAACCACAACAAGGACGAAGGGGGUGGCGAGAAGGUAGAAAACAUGAGUGGCCAAGUGCCGUGGGACGACCUGCGGGUGGAGAGCAACGUGGCAAGAGCCAAGAAACUUCUCGGCGAGCGUGGAAAAACCGCCACUGCCGUGAAUACGAUAGACCACUUUGAAAAGGAAACUGCCUUUGAGUCUGUCGUGGCCCUCGAGACGGUACUGGCGGGGCUUGAGAAUGAAAACUUGCGUCUUAUCGAUGACAUCCGGGCCUACGAGGGGGAAUUGCAGGGUUACAAGGACCUCGUGGAGCGUUUGCGCCGUGAGAAGGAAUUGCUGGAGAAGCAAGAGAGGAAUGAAACGAAUUUGACAGGAGACGAACUGCAGAAUUUUAAAACACUGUACACCCACAAGUGCGAGGAGCUUGCACUGGCGGAGAGGCAGUGUGCGGAUGCCGCUGCGAAACUAAAGACCGCAAUGCAGAAGAACACGGUUGUGAAGAAAAAAUCCGUGAAGAACAGUGACUUACUGCUUAAGGAGCAGCGACGUGUGAUUGAGGCGCGACAGGUAGAGUGCGAAAAGCUUUCAGCCGCCCUCGCAUCGAGGGAUGAGGAGUUGCGCAGUGUAAUGGAAUUUAUGCGACUUCGCGGGGCGAAUGAGGAAAUUGAUGGCUUUAAGGACAAUGGUGAAUUGCGUGAUCGCAUUGAGGAGUUGCUUGCGGCGAAUAUGGACGCCUAUGGCGGGGGCAGUGGGUAUUCCGCUUUCCCACUGGACUUUCAAUUCCCUGAGGAGGUCGUGGCGCUUAUUCGUGUGUGCUUACGCAUAAUGAUGGACCGCCUCAAGAUUGAGUUGUAUGUACUGAACCGCCAAAGCUUGCACAAGUUUGGCCUACUGGUGCCAGCUGUACAACUGCGGCCGGAGGCGCAAUUUCACUCCUUCAUGCAUGAACUGCGCCAGGUGGUGGCAGAGAUUGCCGGUAAACCGCAGCGUAUUGGCGGCAAAUGGUCCGUGGAGGAGAGUGAUGUGUUGUCACGCCUCGUUGACCAUCGCCGCCGACGGGCCGGUAACGCACUCAACGGCCUGCUCAUUUGGUACGACCACUGGGAUUUGUCCCCCAAAUCCGAGCAUGUCUGUUACAUGGAACUCAUUCGAAACAUGGAACAUGUGAUGCAGAUGGCACGGAUGGUGCGACAGGAAAGUCUUGUCAACACAAACGCCACGUCCACGCUGCGGCUCAUGCUGCCUGGAAAGAACGGUGCCCCCGAAACGGCUUAUGUGCCCUCAAGCAGCAAGGAUACAAGCGUCACCGACAGUUGUCGCAUUCUAGAGAGGCUGUCGGAUAAGACGAAGCGCAGCAACCUUGCACGUGUGGUUGGAAGCAGCAAACUUGUCUCUCCUAUUCACACAUUUCAACGCAGUCGUACCACGGCGUGCUCAGCUGUGUCUCCUCGUAAGGGUGAAAUGGAAGCGAUGUUUUUCGCACGCAACACCACAACCCUUACUCCUCUGAGAUACACGAAAGAGGGGCAUUCCCAGCAAAAGUUGUCGUCAGGGAAGGGUACGGCAAAGACUGAGAGUAAGUUUGGACGACGUGCGACGGCGUUGGUGGUACCUGUGUCAGAAGGUGACGUCAACUUUGCGGCAAGUUCGGUGAUGGCUCAACAUGACUCCUUGUUUAACUUUGCUCGUAAUGCGAGUACAAUACAUCCUCUCGAGACAGAGCACACAAAACCAACAGCGAAGGUUGCAUGCUUUGCCCGUGCAAUGACCGAUGUGACGAGUUUUGCCGCUUUGGCGGAGUUGUGCGGAGGAAAAUCCACUCACCCGCCAACACCGCAUGGUACGCCACAUGUGGGGGGCGCCUCAUCGAACCGGAAGAAGAAGAAGACUGCCCAUGCAGCGCCAUCGGGAAACUCGCUCCGUCGCACAAGUACAUCGCAUUUCACACGCACACAUACGACUGGUGUGCCGCAAUUAAGCAGCCGCAUCAGUGGGGGACGUUCCGCGACAGGAAUGUCCACGCGCACAAAUACCGGUGGCAGCUUGGACUCUCCGAAUCCCUCAAUGCCAGGUUCAGUGCGGAUGAAGCCGUUCUACGACCCGCAAGUGUUGAAACAUUUGAAGCAACGAAGCAACAGCGCGAGUAAUGAGAUGUUUCAGCAGCAGAAGCAACCAAUGAAACUCACACCGAGCAAGGCGAUGACGGGUUUAGCUAUGCCACCACGCUCUCCACAGGCGACGUUCUCACGGGCGGCGAGUAUAUUUGGUAGAAAUUCAAUGCCGUUGUCAGAAAAGGCGACCCACACGGCGGAUGACAGUAAUGCCGCUCCUUCUGUUAUUUCUUUGAGGCGUUCCACACCACGCGCACUAGAAGGCACACCACUGCGAGAACAGCCACAACAGGACCAGCCAGUUGUCCCACCACUGUGCUUUGACGGCAUCGCCAGGUGA